AUGGCGUGGAACCUGUACACAGCAUCUACUCUCCGAAGUCCUUAUUGCAUUGUGGACUCGAACAAGAGGAAGACUCUCAUCAAGGAUAUGACUCAGUGCGGUGGUAUGAUUGUGAACGUCGGAUUGUGGAACCAAAUAUGCUUAUACGUGUACAUCGAUACGCCGUACAGACAUCUCAGGAGAUAUGUCCGUGUAUCUCCUGAGCAGUUUGACUAUUUGUUGAGCCUCAUCAGACACAGGCUGCAGAAGCAUCCCCAUGGCCGUCCAGCUCUGGAACCAGCACAUCGAUUGGCCGUCACUCUGAGGUAUCUUGCAUCUGGAAGCCAUCUCAGUAGUGUAGCAUACAGCUUCCGCAUAGGAUUCACAACAUUCAAGAGGAUUGUUUAUGAAACAUGCGCGGCCUUGUGGGAGGAACUAAUGCCCGUCUACCUGCCUAACCCUACACCAGAGGUGUGGGCACAGUUCGCCCAUAAUUUUGAGGAGAGGUGGGCAUUCCCAAACUGCGUCGGUGCUGUUGAUGGGAAGCACAUCGUGAUCGAAGCCCCAAAGCAUGGAGGAUCCGUGUUUUAUAACUAUAAGGGGUCACACUCCAUCGUACUGAUGGCCGUAGCUGAUGCCAGCUACAGGUUCCUGUUUGUUGACAUUGGAGCUUAUGGCUCUCAGUCCGAUGGAGGUAUAUUCAAGACGUGCACACUCCUUGAAGCUGGUGGCCUGGGACUCCCACCACCAAGGAGGCAUCCUGGAUCAUCCCUGGAAGCCCCUAUGUGCACAGACUUAGGUGACACCAAGGGAGUGUACAACACAAGGCCCUCACAUGCCAGGUAUCUUAUAGAUAUGCACAUUUGUAGUACACUAUCCAUGUCUGGAUACGAAAAACGGUGCGUAGAAAACGCCUUUGGGAUCCGAUGGCGCAUAUUCAGAAGACCUCUGAAUCUCAAGGUGGAGAAUGUCGAGCUCUUGGUCCAGGCUUCCAUCGUCUUGCACAAUUUCCUUAAAGCGCAGGAAGAGGCAGCUCCGGGAGGGGAGACAUAUUGUCCACCGGGUGUGGCAGCAUCAACAACAGUAAUAAUAAGAAAGAAAUGA